UUUGUUUUUGUUUUUGUUUUUUUUCCCGCUUGUGUCUCGUUUAGAGAAAACGUUAGGGGCAACUUCAUGUUUCGUUGCCAUGACAACGCGUGCUAUGGGCAGCGCUACCUCACAGUUAGCUACAGAGUCAGAUUAAACGUUGUUUUCAUGUUUUUAUCUCGAGUCGUAUUAACUUAUUUUUUUACAUGGCAGGUGACCGGACAGAGUAUCAGUCUCAUGGGCUGUCUUUGUCCUGCGUUAGAAUAUCCCGGGCUUUUUUCUUAAUUAACUAGUUAUCUCUAUUAGUGUUAGCUUGCUCAUGUGGUUCAGUUAAUAAAGAUUUCUGCUAACGUGACGUACGUGAGGAGAUUGAAGUGUCUCAGAUGAAGCAGAAGCUGCUGAGAGAUGACACAAACAGAUGUUGGUGGAUUAGGCAUGAACAUGGUGUCCGUAUGGACCAGCAGGAACACAUCGGAGAGGAAUGUGCCUUUAAUACGCCUGGACGAUGAUGCUGACCUUAGGAAAAUAUAUAAAUUUGGAAGGAAAUUGGGUCAAGGUAGCUUCGGAGUUGUUUAUGAAGCCACCCACAUUGAGACACAGACAAAAUGGGCUAUUAAGGAGGUUUGCAGACCAGCGGCAGGAAGUUCGAAAGUCCAGUUGCUGGGGCACGAAAUAAACAUUCUCAAACAAGUGAAUCAUGCUCAUAUAAUACAACUCAAGGAAAUCUACGAAACAGCCAAGAUGAUUUAUUUAGUCACUGAGCUGUGCGUUGGAGGUGAACUGAAGCAGCUGUUGCGACGGAAAAAGUUCUUUACAGAGGACGAGACGAGGCAUAUCAUCUGUAGCUUAGCUGACGCCGUUGUCUACCUUCACAAAAGAGACAUAGUGCACCGGGACUUGAAACUUGAGAACAUUCUUGUGAAAAAUUUUCCUGAUGAGGAUGAUAAUGGCAGAAUUAAUAUCAAGGUGACAGACUUUGGACUAUCGGUGCAGACAGGUGGUGUAGGGAUUGAGAACAUAAUGACGGAGACCUGUGGGACUCUUAUCUAUAUGGCACCUGAAAUGAUGAGCGGUCGUGGCUACAGUCAGUGGUGUGAUGUUUGGAGCAUAGGAGUCGUUAUGUAUAUGUUGCUAUGUGGGGAGCCCCCAUUUGUGUCCAAAACAAAGUCAAACCUACUGAAGGAGAUCAUGAACAAAGAAGUCAGAUUCACUCAAACCAUCUGGGCCACAGUCAGUGAUGCAGCAAAAAAUCUAUUGACUUGCCUUCUGAAGGUAGACCCUGCGUACCGCAUAUCUGCUAAUCAGCUACUAGAAAACCCCUGGAUCACAGGCGACACUGAUGUGCCUGCUAUACCGUCCAAUGUGCUGGAGAUGAUGCGCCACCACCUAGAACAGCAAGAGACACAGACUCUGGAGGACCUGUCCCUUGCCUCUCCUGAAGACACACUGGACCCCGCCCUGGUACCUGGGGCAGCUUCAACAGAAACUGCCAGCAACUGCAGGAGACGUACUACUAAGCUUAGUCCUGAGAGAGACACCGGCUACUGCACCACAUCCACCAAACCGAAUAAAGAGAGUGGUGGCCUUCAGCAGGACAAGCACAAAAAGCGCUCUGAGACUCCAGGACCACCUCAGCCCACCACUGCACAGUCUCAUGCUGGUGUGAAACCCUCCACACAGCCAAGUGCAAAGCAGCGCAGGCCUCAGGACAAGAAGGAUGUCAGUACAGGACAGAAACCGGCCUCUGAUAUCAGUAAGACAGGAGACCAGAGACCAUCUACCUCCAGUAAAAGUAGGGCUGGACCCUGCAAACCACCAGCUGGCUGUAAGACCAGUACCCUUUCAGGAUAGAAAAAAGAAUGAGCCAUAAAACCUGAAAGAACACAAAUGGACUUGGGCAUGCAAGAGAGAAAAACCUAAUUAGAGGUGGACAUUAGUCGAUGUACAUUUUAUUUGGUGUAACUCUGUGAUUUAGGAGUGAUGUGAACGAAACUACUGUGAAUGGUGCAACCUUUAUGGUGACAACAAAGCAGUGGCAGCAGUGUCAAAUAAGUAGGCCUCAUACACAGGUAUGACAAUACAAGAAGUCCAAGACCCCUGCAGCCUCAGUUGUGCUGCCUCGUGCCAAAGUAAAUGUGUACUGGUCUGAGGGGUUCCCCGCGUGGGGAAACUUGCUGGACAAGUGCUUACUGUUACACAAUCAACAGUUUGAAAACAUCCAGCAGCACAAAUACAAACUCACACUUUUUUCUCAUAAGUCGCCAGCAAACACAGAUUGAACGAGUUUGUCAGAUAAUAGCGGUGACGUCUGAUUAAAGGGUUUUAUCAUAAAGCAGCAAGCCAGAGUUAGUCAAAUAAAGAGAGCCACCCAGGAGAUUUGAGCGCAGCACAGCUCAUUCCUUAUUAAAACUGUUAUUUAGUAAUUUACUUACUACCUAGCAGCAUAUAUUCUCAUUAUCAAGAUUAUAUCUAUUUAUAUUAUGCACAGUGAAUGUAUUCAUUUUCUUUAUAGAAAUUAAUAGUCUUGUCUCUUGUAAAGAAUGAAUGUUAAUUUAAGGCAUUAUCGACAGAGAGAUGUAAUAAUCUUGUCAGAAUAUUUUCAACAUGCAAAUAGACAAGUUGUUCAUUUCCAUAAAAUUUUUUUAGCAAUUGUCAAAAAUGUGUGAUUACACCUUGAGGCUGUUUUAAAUCAGUGGCUGUAUGUAUAUAUGACUUAAGAUGUGCCAAAUAUCAGAGAACACACAACAAUUUUAGUUUUCAGUAAAAUGACAAAAUAUUUUUGUAUUGUUUUAUAAUUAAAUGAAUACUCAUAAAUAGUAUAGAACAUUUCCUGGAUAUUGUUUCACAAUACCAAAGUUAGCAUACAGGAUUUUCUUUUUUCUCUUCUGACCUCUCAAUUCAAAACACCCUGUAUGCAGUGACUGCACCCACUCAGUGUCAAAACAGAAAGACUGUCACACAGGCUGGUUACGCUCCAUCUGAAUGCAGAGGAUUGGGACCGAGGGCAGCCACGGGUCUAAUCUCGUUUGGAGGCCAUUGAAAGCAGUAGGAGCUACUUUAAGGGCACUGCCAUUCAAGCACAGGUUUUUCCGCUGUAGAGAGAAUAAUCCCCAGCAUAGAUACAACAUUAAAGUAGCCAAGCAUAACACACAGAGGCUGAAUUUCAAAUCCACCCAUUUGCAUCUUGAAGUGAAUGAGUGCCAACAAUGGGGCUCCAUGUUCAUGCACAGGCUCUGUUUUAGUGUGCAUGUGUAAAUGUAGUAUGUAUUCUUUGAAGGUAUUUCUACAUUUUGGUGGGGGAAGUAGUCAUCUUAAAAGUGUGGACACACUAUGUUAACCUUCAUCAAUUUCUAUCCAGGUAGACAUACUGACCUAGACGUGUAGAGUAGAUGUGCAAAACUCUUGUCUCUAGAUUUAUUUGUAAUAAAAUAGUUAUUACAGUUUAUGAGAAUGAACAAAUGACAUGUAAAUUAUCUUUGAUUCAAGCUGCUUGCCAAAUAGACUGCAACAUUACUGACAAACCGUAUGCCUUUGGUUUACUCAGACUGGUAUAAACAGCAGAUGGAGCUGUAGUAAGUUGCUGAAUUAAUUUCCUGGAGUUAAUCUGACAGGAGAGUGCUACCCCUAAAGCUUACUACCUAGUCUUGUGCAUGAGAGAUGUGUAAUUACAAUUGAUUGCUCGAGUCACUGCCCAUUAAAACUGUGACGUCCAUGUAAUGUGUCACCAAUUAAUAUGUUGUAUGGUUACGUCUCGAUGGUCCGUUCAAACAAAGUGGUUGCUUCUGUUUGGGCGCUGUCUUAUUCACAAAAUGUGAUUUUUGUAUGCAGAUAAUUUGAGAAAUAAAGAACAAAAACACACAG